UUUAGAAUAUUGUCUGGCAUCGACUCUCAUUCCGUCCAGUUCGAUCGGCAACGGGAGCGGAGAGAGGAAAGAGCCCGAAGGCAGCAGCCCCCACCACCGCCGGCCCAGGUUACCAUCUAGCACCGGGAAAACACACUAGAAGCCACCGCCGGCACAAGUCUUAAGAUACCAACCAGAAACCACCAUGAGCAGUGAGGCCGAGACGCAACAACAGCCGCCGGAGCCUGAAGCUGAAGCCGAAGCGGAGAGUCCAUCCAGCCCGGCAGCCGAAGCUACCGCGGGGGAUAAGAAGGUCAUCGCAACAAAGGUCUUGGGAACAGUGAAAUGGUUCAACGUAAGGAAUGGCUAUGGUUUCAUCAACAGAAAUGACACGAAAGAAGACGUCUUUGUACACCAGACUGCCAUAAAGAAAAACAACCCAAGGAAAUACCUGCGCAGUGUUGGAGACGGGGAGACAGUGGAAUUUGAUGUAGUUGAAGGUGAAAAGGGCGCUGAGGCAGCCAACGUCACCGGCCCGGGCGGCGUCCCCGUCCAGGGGAGCAAGUACGCGGCGGACCGGAACCGCUACCGGCGGUACCCCCGGCGCCGGGGCCCGCCCCGGGACUACCAGGACAACUACCAGAGCGACGGGGAGGGCGACGGCCGGGAGCCGCGGGAGCCCCGCGAACAGCGGGAGCCCCGCGAACCUCGGGAACCCCGGGAACCCCGCGAGCCGCGCGGCGAGAAGAGGGGCGAGGGAGGCGAGGACAGCGCCCCCGAGGGCGAGGGCCAGUCCCAGUCCCAGCACCGGCCGUCCUUCCCCGGGCGACGCCGCUACCCCCCCUACUUCGUCCGCCGGCGCUACGGCCGCCGGCCCCCCUACACCAGCGCCCCCCGCGGGGAGAUGACCGAGGGUGAUGACGUAGGCGACAACAGAGAAGGCGCACCAGACCAGUCCAACAAACCAAUGAGGCAGAACUACUACAGAGGCUUCAGACCAAGGGGUCCCCCGCGUCCCAGGCCAGUUCGGGACGGUGAGGAGGACAAGGAGAACCAGGGCGAGCCUGGCCCCAACCAGGAGCCCCGCCAGAGGAGGUACCGCCGCAACUUCAACUACCGGCGCAGACGCCCCCAGAGCGCCAAGCCCCAGGACGGCAAAGAGGGCAAGGCCCCCGACGCGCCCGCGGAGAGGACGCCCGCUCCCGAGGCCGAGUGAAGGCCGGCCCACCAUCCGUACCACCGCCGGUUAUGUCAACAUGAAGAAACAUCUUAAAGAUCUGAGCAAUAAGGAACAGAUUUGACUUGACGAUCUUGAAAGCUUGCGACAUGCGUUUGACCAGAUGACCACCGAUUGCCUGCAGAAUCUAUGCAGCUUGUUUCUUUUCCAUUCUUUUUAUGUGACAGCUGAGCAAUGAGUUUUGUUUUUUUUUUCUUUUGAAACCGCAGACGUUUUUCUAAAUCGGUCUUAAGUUUUUACACCAAAAGGUUUUUAAAAGAAAAGUAAUUUGAUAUCUGGUCAAUUUGACAUUUUUAAAUGAAACUUUUUAUGUAUACAACAUGAAUUUUAAAAGGCAAGCGCAAAUAAAAGUCAAAAGAACUGUA